AUGGACGAGGGCUUCUCCAACAUCGGCGUGACGCUCUUUGCAGCCGGCGUACUCUUUGUGGCGCUGCGCUACUUCACUAGUCAAGCAGCUUCAGCCGGUGCAACAACGGCGAGCGAUGGCAGAGGCGGCCGCAGGCGACAGGUCAGACAGAGCGAGAUCGAACAGGUCCAGGCGAUGUUCCCACAGGUGUCGCUGGCAGCGAUCAAGUAUGAUCUCGAAAGACAGGGCGGCAGUGUCGAGUCGACCUGCGAGCGAAUCCUGAGGGAAGGGCGGCUACCAGAGCCGCCUGCAAGUUUCUUUGCAGACGGUCCGCCCAGGCCGACGCCAAUUCUAGGUACAACGGCACAAGCGGCAGCGACAGCAGCCCGCAACCGCCCAGCGAGCACAGCAUCAUCGUCUCCGUCCGGCGCGCAAGCAAAUCUGCUGAGAAAGUAUGGACUGGAAGCAAAAGCCAAAGCGGAAGAAGAUGCCUGGCGAUCAGGACAGAGCAUCGCCACUGCCGCGACAGCUGGCAAGGACUUAUCCAGAGAAGACAUUGUCAGAGACCGAAAGACGCGGAUGAUCCUCGACGCCAGGCUCAAGCUGCUCAAGAGCGAUGCCACUGCCGCUAGCUCGGCCGUGCCCGCCGCAGAAAGGCAGGAGGCUCAGAGUGCGACUUAG